CCAUCCCGCAUCAUGGAGGCGCCACCACACCACCAGUGACCAACGUAAACACAACGAGCACGCGAUAGCCCAACAACUCGGUGGUUGGCUGGCGACCCGCUCAUCGAAACCCAUCGAAGCCAACAAAGACAGAGGGGUGACUACAAUCCCCCCCCUCCCUAGUGCGUACAGACGUAGGGGUGGGCCGGCGGAUUGUAAGGGAAGAAUCGCGGUGGUGCAGUGUUUCACCCGAGCGAGUCGUCGCAACCACCAGUGGUACACGUGUGUCACUGCUGUUUAGGAAUCACUCGACGCUUCGAUCGGCCCGCGAACAACACAGGCUCGAGGGAGUCGCGUGAAAAAUAAAAGUUGACAGUACAGUGCUGCAUAAAUACGUAUAGGCUCGAUCCGUACAAUUACAAACGGGAAGCACGUGCGCGGAGUCAUGCCGCAGUGAAGUAACGACUGGGGAUCAUCGAUAGGGCAACAAUGGCAUGUCCUUUUUCGCGGUUCGGCAGUGACGAUGGUGCCCCGAGGGAUAGAAGGACGAGGCAGCCGAGGCCUCCAAGGCAGUCGUCGGUGCAGAUUACCUCGUCACUGCUCGGUGAGGAUGCUGACGAGCUGGAGGACACGCAGACCCUCAACCUCAAGCACCUAAGGGCCGCUGUUCUCAUGCUGACCAGUCCGUCGAACGAAAUCAUGGCCACGGCCCUGGACGCACUACUGAACAAAAGCAAGCUGCCACCUUCGACCGCAGCGACCCUCGAAAAGCUACUAGAUAAUGUGGAAACCGAAGAAAACUAUAAUUUGUUGGAGGAUAUCUACGAAACCCUCAACUACGAUUGUGACAUCGACGCGAACGAUUUCCUGGACAGACUGGGCCAGGAGGUGAUCUGCACCUCGAGCGAGGGUUUGCUAGAGCGGGCCUUCCACAGCCUGGGCAAUGACCUGGCGGCUUUUCUAACGACCCUCGAUGGCGUCAACGACGUUAUCCAGCACCAGUCGGGCUCGGACAACGAGGCCGAGUUCGUCUGCAUCGCGACGCCCGGUGCCCUCGAGCUCCACUUUACGACCGACCAUCCGUCCAUUGCGUACUUGCUCGUUGGGAGCCUCAAGGGCGUCGCCCGGCAGUUUUACAACGACAAAGCCGACGUUUACAUACUACCGGAUCCCUACAACACGAAAUUUUUUAGGUAUCGCAUCACGCCUGAGAACUUCAGCAGUACGGACGAGCCGACAAUCAUGACUGCAAUAACGACGACGACGACGGGCGAGCAGGAGCAGGUGACCGAGUACGAGGAGCGUUACUUCCGGCCGCUGUCGCACGACGCGGCGGACUUGUGCAUGGGAGUGGCGAGCUUCUGCAAGGCCUUUCCCUGGCACUUUGUCGUCGAUCGCGAACUCGAGCUCGUACAGCUCGGGGUUGGUUUCAUGCGCAUCUUCGGGCAGCAAUUGAACCGGCACGGGCGUGACAUAUCCAAGUACUUUGCGUUCACGAGGCCGCGUGGUGUCAGCCUCGCCUUUCACGAGAUACUCAAGCGCUCCAACACGCCCUUCGUUCUCACUCUACAGAGGCCCGAGGGUGCUGAUGAGUUUCAAGCUGAGGGGCUCGAGUUUAAAGGCCAGAUGGUGCACUGCCCGGAGUCUGACUCGAUACUCUUCGUCAGUUCGCCUUUUCUGAAUGGACUGGAGGGCCUCACCGGUCGUGGCCUCUUCAUCUCGGACAUACCGCUGCACGACGCGACGAGGGACGUCAUUCUCGUCGGCGAGCAAGCGAGAGCUCAGGACGGCUUGCGGCGACGCAUGGACAAGCUGAAGAGUUCCAUCGAGGAGACGACCCGGCUAGUAGAUGACGAGAGGGAGAAAAACGUCAGCCUCCUCCAUCUUAUCUUCCCACCGGAUAUAGCGAAGCGACUCUGGCUGGGAGAAUCAAUAGAGGCAAAAAAUUAUGCAGACGUCACGAUGCUCUUCAGUGACAUAGUUGGCUUCACAGCCAUCUGUUCCACUGCAACGCCCAUGAUGGUCAUUAACAUGCUGCAAAACCUUUAUCAACAAUUCGACGUCUACUGUGGCCAACUUGACGUUUAUAAGGUGGAAACUAUAGGGGACGCCUACUGUGUGGCGUGUGGUCUGCACCGAAAUACAAACUAUCAUGCACAGCAAAUUUCCUGGAUGGCACUGAAAAUGAUUGAAACGUGCACCCAACACUCUACUCACGAUGGUAAACCCAUAAAGAUGCGGAUAGGCAUUCAUACGGGUAUGGUACUGGCUGGUGUUGUUGGUAAGAAAAUGCCACGAUACUGUCUCUUCGGUCACAAUGUAACAAUAGCUAAUAAAUUUGAGUCAUCAAGUGAACCGCUUCGUAUAAACAUCAGUCCCACCACUUAUGAGUUUCUCAUGAAAACUCCAGGAUUUAUAUUAGAUGAAAGAUCAAGAGACAAUCUACCAAAAGAAAUGCCACGUGAUACAGAGGGUACGUGUCACUUUUUGAAUAAUUACAAACAUCCAGAUGUCGACGAAAAUGUGCCUCUCGACGAUCAUAUACAAGCAGCUCUCAAUGAGUAUGAAAUUAACGGUAGCACGUAAGCACAAGAGCCUCGUACAAAGAAUAUAAAUUUUAAAAAAUCAAUGAUGACUUUCCGGGUGACGAUGUAGUGAUAAAACAAACCUAUGUGUAUGAUUCAUAUAACCGACGAAAAUGUCGUUAAAUUAUAUGGUCGUCAAAAUGAUGUAAAAAUUAAUGCACGUAUAUAACUGUACAUUAUUAUUUUAAAGCUUAUGCUGUACUUAAAAAUGAUAUUUUUCUUUUAAAUUCUAAGGAUUUACUACAUCGACAUCUUUAUUUUAUUCAAUGAAAAAUGUAAUUCUAUUAUAAAAAAUAAU